CCGGAUUGGAAAAUAAGGAAGUAAAUCCUCCUGUCGAUCUCACAUCCAUUCGCUUUUUUUUCCGCGUUAGCUUUGUUCGUACUCUAUUUCAAAAUAACAAGAUGUUGAAGAUGGAACUUUUAUUUCUGCCGCAAGUCAAGGAUCGCUAUCCCGCAAACCGAUCGCAAAAAGACGUGGGUCUCCACGCCUGCUUGAGGUGGUUGGUGUCCCGUUCGUAGUUGCUUCCUGAGCAGGCUCACCGCGGGAGCAGCGAUUAUGGGGAACGUAGUGAAUCAACUGGCGUUUCCGGCGCCGGACCCGCGGUAUUCGCAGCCCUUUCUCGAAGAGCGCGGCGAUCAGGUGGUGUACUUUAAAACGAGUAAAAAUUACCGCAUCCUCGCGGUGUAUCUGAACAACGAGGAGCGGUCCCGCCGGGCGCACGACGGCGAGCACUUUGUGAUCCUCUACUCACACGGCAAUGCCGAGGACGUGGGGCUGGCUAUACCCUACCUGGAGGAGCUCACGAAGAUUACCGAAUGUUCCGUCUUUGCCUACGAAUAUGAGGGGUACAAAGUGUGAGCAUAGUUGUUCCACCGCCUGUGAGCAGUCGUGUUGUUGUGUUUGCUCAACAUCUUAGCCAAAAAUCGAUGAGAUGGCAAGUCCGGCAACAGCAUACGAGUUCAUAUUUUUCUUUGCUUGAGGCUUCCGCUCAGCCUUGUGCCGUCUCAGUACGACUAUGUUCAUCUUCCCCACAGGAGACGUUCGGAUCUUUUUUCCCGAUGAUCGAUCGAAGAAUCAGAAAGGAAGAAAACGAAUCGAUAAGGUACUCGCUGUCAGACGGGGAGCCGACCGAACAGGGGUGCUAUCGAUCGGUAAACGCCGCGUACAAGUACCUGACUGAGAAGCUGCAGUUUCUAUGAAUUGCAAAAAUGUCUGGGUCUGGAAGAUUGCGAGACUUGUCACGCAUGUUUUGCAUUGGCCGUGAUGUCUGUGAUGCAUGCCCUACCAUCACAGAUUUUUUGAGGGCUUCGCGAUGCCUAUUCCGCAUGACAGAUGCCCUCUCCACGUAGCAAAAAUUGCAUUCCCUUUGCUGCUCAUGCAAUACAGAUUUUUCUGGAAUCCAAAUUCAGCAUCACAAGUUGCAUUCUUCCAGACCCAGACAUUUUUGCAUUUGAUAGUUUCAGCCGUCGAGCAUCUUCGUGUUCGGGCGCUCCAUCGGCUCCGGGCCCAGCACGGACCUGGCGAGCAGGUUGCCCAGUUGCGCAGGCUUGGUUCUGCAGAGCCCGAUCGAAUCGGGGGCGCGGGCGGUGUUCGGCUCGGUAGUGGCGACAGUGGGCAGUGGGCUGGACAUUUUCAAGAACAUCGAGAAGAUCGAACGAGUGAGGGUAUCGAGUGAGACAGUAAUUGAUUGUUUCCAAAAGCCCUAGGAGCAGCCCCCCUAUGCCUAUGCUAGCAACUAAGAUGAUGUUGAUGACGAUGAUUUUAGGGUUCUUCGAGUUGAAGAGGUUGACUGCACAAGAAACAGCUGUGUUUUUGCGACAGAGCGCGAAGCGAAGUCCUGCUCUUAUCUGUGCGACGAUUAAAGCCAUACGACCGCAAUCGCAGGCGCCGGUUUGUAUCAUGCACGGCGAAGCAGACGAAGUUGUUCCGAUCACGAACGGACGGAACCUCUACAAGCGCGUGCGGGAGUUAUGCAACGCAAAUGCGUCUCGGUCGGGAUGAGCCGUUAAGUAGUUGUGUAUCGGUGAAAAAGAACACACAAAGCGUGCAAGUGAAUUUUACGUUUGCCACGAUGCGAUGAAAAUGCGGUUUGUCAUGCGCGCUGCGUGUGAGGCUGCAUCCGUCCAAAAUUUUUUCAUGCGUGGCUGCAGUAGGAAGUCAGUGUCUUGAUGAUCAUACAGACUCGAGCAUCACCAAUGUCCAGCCCCAGACGUGGUUGCCUUUGAUAAGAGUGCCAGCAGAACCAGGCGGCCAGCGUGGUGAAGUUUCCGCCACUUUGGAUUCCCAACCACGGGCACAAUGACAUGCCGGAGCACGUGUGUUUGCACCACGUUUCCAAGUUUAUCAAGACCGUGUUGCACGCGCGCCGCGAGCAGGCGGGGAGUUCCGUGCCGCGAGUUGGCGGCGGAGUCAGCGUUGUCAGUCGGCAGAGUGGUGGAGCAGCGGAUGUGACGUCGACCCUAGCUGCAAAUAGUAACGUGAAUGCUACGAAUGCCGCAGCGACUCCGGAGGUACUAGCGGGGAAAAACCUAUCUUGGCGAAGCAGCGGAAGGGGACAAAACACAAACACCACACUAUCCUGAGUAAAAACGUACCCACCCCAGAGUUGAGAUGGGGACUUUGCAACACAAACCUAGGAGUUUUGUGAGUCACGCAUGACAAGUUGCGCUCUGCAGUGUAGUGCAGGUUAGCAAGUGCAGCCGCGUCACAGAUUCAUCUGCUCAUCCUGUUCACAGCAUCACAAAUUCCAAAACACGAUUGGAAAUGGCUCUCAUGGGGAUACGCAUUACAAGUCUUCCUGUCUUUGCAAAUCUGCAUUACAACUCUGGUGUGGGUACGUUUUUGCUCAGGAUACACACCCGAUGGCGUUGACGCAGCCGUCAAUGUGAACAACAGCUCAGUGAUCGCAAACACGGUAAAAACACCCACAGUUGGCGGCAUCGGAAUAUCGCCCAUUGCCGUGAAAAAGAAAAGAGCUUCAACAGGAGGUGGAGUUGUACCACCGCGUGCAGACACCAGUGCAGCAACUGCUGGGGGUAAAAAUUCUUUGCAAGAGCAGGACACCGCAUCAUGUUCUUUCGGUCUGCCCGCGGAGCAGGCGCAGGUGCGUUGUUCGCUGCUGCUGCUCCCCUCUGCGGUGCCUUUCGGGAUGAAACCAGUUUAG